AUUGGAAUGAGGCGGCGAGCGGAGCGCCGGAGAGCCCGAGCCCCGGCAGCUAGCGGCGCAGGGCUGGAAAAACUCGCCGCAGAGGCUAAACCCCUGCUGAUGUCUCUUUAGCCAUUUUCUCAAAAUUUAAAGAAGUUUGGAGGAGGCAGAGGAAUCACUUGUAGAACGGAAAUGUUUAAACAAAGGAGUCUUCCUGGGUGAGUGUUCUUGCUUGAACUCCCUGGAUGUCUGUAGAAGCAAAGGUGGGAAACCGUACAUGAGCACCAGACAGUGACAGGGUUGGCUCCCAAGACUUCCUGCUACUGCGCAUUACUGCUGGAUUGCUGUGGAAAUGAAUGGAGAACAGCAGCAUGAUGCAGAUCCUGGGUCUGGUGUGGAAGAAGCAGAAUUCAAUUGGGAUGAGUAUCUAGAAGACACUGGAGCAACUGCAGCCCCCCAUGGAUCUUUUAAACACGUGGACACUAGUUUGCAGAAUGGCUUUGCCCCUGGUAUGAAGCUAGAGGUUGCUAUCAAGUCUGACCACAACACCUACUGGGUAGCCACCAUCAUCACUACCUGUGGGCAGUUGCUCCUAUUACGCUACGAUGGCUAUGGGGAAGACCGCAAGGCAGACUUUUGGUGCGACAUCAUGACAGCUGACUUACACCCAGUUGGUUGGUGUGAGCAGAACAAAAAGAUUCUCAAAGUGCCUGAAGGUAUCAAGGAUAAGAUAUCUGACCAGGAAGAAUUCCUUCGACAGACACUGACAGGAGCAUGCAGUGCUCCUGCUAACCUGCUAGAGGGUCUUCACAGAGGGAAGAAUCCCUUGGAUCUCAUUGCACCAGGCUCCAGACUAGAAUGUCAAAACUCCCAAGACUCCUUAGCAGCCUGGAUUGUCAAGGUGGUGGAAAACGUUGGCGGGAGGCUCAAGUUGCGCUACGAAGGGUUGGUAGAUUCUGACCAGUCUGAUCAGUGGAUGUUCUACUUGGAUCCAUUUCUUCAUCAAAUGGGCUGGGCAGCUCAACAGGGAUAUGACCUCCAACCUCCAGCAGCUAUCCGGUCCCUGAAGAGUGAGGCAGAAUGGCAGGACAUCUUGACAAAGGUGAAAGAGGAAGAAGAAGGGUCCUCAGUACCCACUGAUCUCUUUAAGGACAAGCCAGUGAUUGGAGUGCAUUCAUUCACUGCAAGCAUGAAGUUAGAGGCUGUGGAUCCAGUAGCACCUUUUGUCCUCUCUCCUGCUACAGUUGUUAAGGUGUUCAAUGAAAAAUAUUUCUUGGUGGAAAUUGAUGACUUGCGACCAGAAUGCACAACCAGCCGGUCAUACAUUUGUCAUGUCAACAGUGCUGGUAUCUUUCCUGUGCAGUGGAGUCUGAAAAAUGGUUUGCAUCUCAGCCCUCCACCAGGUUAUCCCGGGCAGGACUUUGAUUGGGCGGACUACCUCAAACAGUGCGGUGCUGAGGCUGCUCCCCAGAGCUGCUUUCCUUUGCUAACUUCCAACCAUGGAUUUAAAGAGAACAUGAAGCUUGAGGCUGUGAACCCUGUUGAUCCAGGGGAAAUUUGCAUUGCCACAGUCACCAAGGUGAAAGAGUCCUACCUUUGGCUUCAAUUAGAGGGCUCCAAAAGGCCAGUUCCUGAAUGCAUACUGAGUGUGGAAUCGAUGAAUAUAUUUCCAGUGGGUUGGUGUGAGACCAAUGGAUACCAGCUCAGACCUCCUCGCAGAGCAAUAGUGAACAAACAGAGGAAAAUUGCUGUAGUUCAACCAGAGAAACAAAUUUUGUCUUCAAGGACUGUCCAUGAGAGGCUGAAGAACCAAGAACUGAAUUCCACUGACUCAGUUGUAAUUAAUGGAAAGUACUGCUGUCCAAAGAUCUACUUCAACCACCGGUGUUUCUCAGGACCUUACCUUAACAAAGGGAGAAUUGCAGAGCUGCCUCAGUCUGUGGGACCUGGGAACUGCGUUCUUGUCCUUAAAGAGGUUCUCACUUUAUUGAUCAAUGCAGCCUACAAACCUAGCCGUGUCCUUCGAGAACUCCAGCUGGAUGAGGAUGCUGCCUGGCAUGGGCAUGGAGAGACCCUGAAAGCAAAGUACAAAGGGAAGAGUUACCGUGCCACUGUGGAGGUUGUGAGAACAGCAGAUCGGGUGGCAGAUUUCUGUAGAACAACCUGCAUCAAACUGGAAUGCUGUCCAAAUCUCUUUGGCCCACAGAUGGUGCUAGAUAAGUGUUCAGAGAACUGCUCUGUCCUGACAAAGACCAAAUACACACACUAUUAUGGGAAGAGGAAAAACAAAAGGAUUGGCCGACCACCAGGUGGCCACAGUAAUCUGGAAGCAGUCAUGAAGAAACCAAGCAAGAGGAGGAAGAGACGAAAACACUUCUUUGUCCAUAAGAAAAAACGUUCUUCCACCUCAGUGGACAACUCUCCAGUUGGAUCUCCCCAGGGCAGUGGGGGAGAGGAAGAGGAUGACCAGGAUGAUCUAGAUGAAGAAUCAUUGAGUGAGGACAGCACCUCAGAGCAGCAAGAUGAACUGCUUGAAGAGUCGGAAGUGUCGGAGAAGAAAUCACGGUCCUCCUCUCCCACGCAAAGUGAACUGUCCCACUGCCUGGCUCAGGAUCAAGACAAGCGGAAGAGAAAGCUCCGGACCUUUUCCUUCUCUGAUGAUGAAAAUAAACCCCCUUCACCAAAGGAAAUAAAGAUUGAAGUUGCCGAAAAGCUGCAACUGGACAGUAACCCUCUGGAAUGGAGCGUGGCUGACGUCGUGCGGUUCCUCAAAUCCACGGACUGUGCCCCGUUAGCCAGAAUUUUCCUGGAUCAGGAAAUAGAUGGUCAGGCGCUUCUCCUGCUCACCCUCCCCACUGUUCAGGAGUGCAUGGACUUGAAACUUGGGCCAGCCAUUAAACUUUGCCAUCACAUUGAAAGGGUCAAACUUGCUUUUUAUCAGCAGUUUGCUAACUGAGGGGUGGCCAAGUGGAAGUGGACCUUUGGAAGCACAACUACAGCAACAUGCUCCUCCCUUUCUGGCGGGGAAAGCCAAAUGGAGUUAAACUGAGGCUCCAGUUCUGGUGACCUACAAACAUCUGUUCAGCCACAGUUUUGCACUUUGAGGGAAGGAAGACAACAUCUGGAGCAAAAUGUCAAUCAAACAUAGCAGCUACCCUACCAGCUGGCUGCUAGCUUGGGAACACGAGUCUCUCACUCUGAUCACGUCUUUUUUAAUUUUUAAAAAAUGGUUACAGAAACUUUCCUAUAAGGAGACAGAUGUUUCAAGAGUUCUGGUGGUGCAGAAUUAGAAAAGGUAAAGGAGAGACAGAUGCCAUGUAAGUGAGAAGACAGCUACUGGAAAAUGUUUUUCCUGUUCCUAACCAAUCAAGAAGAACUCCAUUUCCUUUCUCUGAAAGAGAACAUUUGCUUUAAGACAGCACUGGCUUUGGGAUGUGCUCUUUACACAUCAGCGCUUUUUUAAUUUAAAUUAGCUCAUUGUCAGGACAACGAUGUGGCCACAGGGUUCUGAAUGUACGAUAUAGCAAGAGUUGUUUCUUUUA